CCAAACCUCCAAACUCCAAAACUCGCUCGCUCUGGCACCAACGUCUCCACGCAGCCAGCGAUCCCUUCGACUACAAUGCCCAUAUAUUUCCGACUUUAAGAAGAUAGAUCGCUGCUGUCGAGUCACAUCAUCCAACGCCCUCCUCACCCGCGUCGACCUGUACAAGCGUCUUCCCUUCACCUGCGCCUCCGUUAACAUUGCGAUCCCAUAUUCCUGAUAGCCAGAGCUUGAAGCCCCAACCACGUCAUCACUCGAGCACCAAAGUGAAUCCUUGCUUCAACCGUUAUACCUCAUCGUCUGCGCCGAUUACCCGCAAUCUGUUUGCCACAGAUCAAACGCCAUGGCUUCGUCUGCAAUCAAUAAUCCUAACCCCCAAACCAUCGGCGCUCUACUGUCGAGGCUUAGCGAUGCCGACCCCGAUUUUCGCUUCAUGUCAUUGAACGACCUUCAUCAGAUCCUGACCAAGCCGAAGUCCGAUUUUCUGACCCACGAUUAUAACACUUCAUCCCGAAUCGUGGAUGCUGUUGUCAAAGCCCUCGAUGAUCAAAAUGGCGAGGUCCAAAACUUGGCUGUCAGAUGCAUCGGUCCCUUGGCAGCUAAAAUUCCAAUAUCCGUCAUUACCCCCAUGCUUGAGAAGCUGACCUCGGUGGAGAUCAAGAACUCGGUAGACAACUCCCUCCCAUCUCUCGCUCUUCGUAGCGCAAUAUCUUCACUUCAGAAACCAAUCCCCGGUAUUUCACCGUCUCGAGAAGUCCUUGAUACCUACAAUAUUAUUAGCCAUGUGCUCAUACCACGUAUUCUCGGCAUUUCUGGUCCUGGCGCUCCUCAUUCGGACGGUCGCGGUCUGCUCGAUAAAUCCGAUCCGAGUCCUGAGGCCGUCGACGUUUUAAUCGAGGUCGUUCGAUGCUUUGGUCCACUUCUACAAGCAUUGGAGGUUGAGAAGCUGCAAGACGUAGUCAUCAAAGUUCUAGAGCGCCCCACAACGCCAUCGCCAGUCAAGAAGAGGGCGGUUGUUGCCCUCGCUGUUUUGGCGCCCUUCUUGACAGAAGAUGUCCUCAAUGCUUUCAUCGCUAAGAUCGAGAAGGCCAUGAAGCAACCUCAAAUCAACCCCGUUAUGCUUCGUUUAUACAUGACCAUCCUAGGCUCUCUGGCCAGGGCUAUACCCCAUCAGUUUGGUACACACCUUCAAGAAAUAGUACCCCCUGUGAUUUCCACUCUUAGCCAAGAGCAGUAUCAGAAAUAUGUAGAUGAGGUAAGUUCCGGCGACGGUCACGACGCCGAAUUCAACGAAGUUCGAGAAGUUGCUUUAGUCGCGCUUGAAUCCUUCAUUGCAUCUUGUGGCGUUCAGAUGCGACCCUUUACAGAUGAAGUUAUCUCUUCCUGUUUGCGAUACCUCAGAUUUGACCCCAACUAUGCCAAUGACGAAGAUGAGGACAUGGAGGAAGAUGAGGAAGGUGAUGAUGAAGAGCUAGACGAAGACGACGAAUAUGAGGAGGACAACGAUUUUGACGAUGAUGACGACGCCAGUUGGAAAGUCCGUAGAUGCGCGGCAAAGGCCCUUUAUACCCUGAUUUCCACUCGCAGUACUGAUCUACUAGACAACGGGACCUUGUACCGGGACUUGGCCAACCCUCUCGUUCGCCGUUUCGAUGAAAGGGAAGAGAGCGUUCGUUUAGAAAUUAUCUCCGCUACAUCCUUGUUAAUUCGCAAAACUGGCGAAGGCGUCAUUCACUCGGUAACCAUGGACGAUGAAAUUUUGCAAUCUCUCCCAGACAUUAGGAAGCGGAGGAGGCAGAGCAGCGGUGCAGUUUGGCAAGGCCACAAGGCUCCCUAUAUGGGCACUCCAGGCCUUAUAUCACCGACUCAGGAAUCCCUCCCCCAGACGGGCCCCAGGGCAGACCUCUCGAGGCUAAUUCCACAACUAGUCAAAUCAUCGACGAAGCUGCUUAAGGGGAAGCAGAUUGCUACGAAACAAGCAGUGAUUGGCCUAUUAGAUGACCUGAUUGCGGUUCAAAAUGGUGGCCUUUCUGACUACUUCGAUCAAGUAAUGCAACCAGUGAUUGAUGUUACGAAGGGAGCUGUAGGCAACGCUGGCGCAACUUCUACAGCUUUGACAGGUGGUGCUGCUUCAGCUACUGCUACAACUCUACGCAUGGCAGUCCUCCGAUUCACGAGCGACGUUGCUAAAACACAUUCUUCCAGCCUAUUCCAACUGUAUCUAGCAAAUAUUGUGGCUGGUGUUGUUUCUGCCGUCAACGACAAGUUUUACAAGAUCUCUAGCGAGGCUAUCAGAACGGCCGAAGAACUUGUCAAAGCAAUAACGCCUCCGCGAGCUAAGCUCACUACGCAGAAAUAUAAGCCUGAAUUGCUCAAACUCUACGAUAUUAUUAUCGAUCGUACUUCUACGAACGAUGUAGAUACAGAAGUGAGACAGAGAGCUAUACAAGCUCUUGGCACUUUGAUUGCGAGGACUUCUACUCCAGAUGGACUGAGCCUCUUGUCAUCUGAGAAGCGACAAGCUGGGUUAGAUCUAUUGCUCGAAAGAAUGCGUAACGAAACAACCCGGCUUCAUGCCGUGCGGGCAAUCGACAACGUUGCAAUCUUCUCCUCAGCUCCAGGCAGUCUCGAUGGUAGCUGGAUCCAAGCUGUAACAUUGGAACUCUGUGGUCAAUUACGGAAAGCCAAUCGGGCCCUCAGAGGCUCUAGUGUACAAGCUCUUCAGCACAUGGUCAUGUCUCCAGCAACAAAGGGAAAUCUCUCGGCGGAUACGAUUAGUGGUAUUGUGACAGCGAUACAGCCCGUUGUCAUUGCCAAUGACACGCUUCUCUUGAGCCCGGCCCUACUUACCAUGUCGCAGCUCCAGCUUGAGAACCCCAACCUAGCUGCCUCGCAAGAUUUUGUGAACGCGCUCUGCGACUUGAUCAAGAAGAAUAUAUCUGGCAGUAUACUAGAGUCGCUCGUUAUUCUUGUAACAAAUAUAGGGCACACCGGAAUGGGUGAACGACUGAUGAGAGGCGUUCUCUCUGUAGGUGUGGGUGGCGAUCCUGCGGUUCUCGGAAAAGUCGUGGGUGCUCUGUUUGUCGCGAGCGGCGGUAAUGCUGGUGUCACCAUCGACAGCUUCAUCGACGAGCUCAAAAUGGCGAGUAGGUUAUCGCCACCGGACACUGAACGUCAGAGCCUUGCAUUAGCCAUCCUCGGAGAGAUUGGUCUCCGAUUGGGUUCCAAAUCUCCCUUGGACCCGAAUAUUUUCUUGGGUCAAUUCGGCAAUGAGCCUGACAAAGUCUCUGUCUCAGCUGCCGUCGCUUUGGGCAGGGCCGGAGCAGGUAAUGUUUCUCGCUACCUGCCCGUCAUUUUGAACGCAACCACGCAGGAAGGAAGCCAUCAAUACCUUCUUUUACAGUCUAUUCGCGAGGUGCUUCACCAAAUCGUUACUUCAUCCACAGACAUCAGUGCCUAUGAACGUGAUAUUUGGGACAUUCUUUUUAGUUCAUCGCUCGCAGAAGAUAACAAAGCUAUCUGUGCAGAGUGCAUUGGUCGCCUAGCUAUAUUAAAGCCAAAGACUUAUAUCCCCAAGCUCCAAGAGCUUCUUACAAGCUCAUUAGAAGGUUAUAGAGCUGUUGCUGUCCAGGCUCUCAGAUACACCUUACCCGAUAGUGACGAAACUUUUGACACAGAGCUCAAGUCGGUACUAGUGGAUAUGCUACUGACAGUACUAAAAGAUGCCAAUCUAGAAAUUCGGCGCCUUGGCAUGACAACACUGAACUCAGCUACUCACAACAAGCCCGAAUUGAUAUUACCGCAUUUGGGUGAAUUGAUACCUUUUGUCAUGACUGAAUCCAUUAUUAAAAAGGAGCUUAUUCGCGAGGUACAAAUGGGUCCCUUCAAGCACACAGUUGAUGAUGGGCUUGAAGCUCGCAAGAGUGCGUAUGAGACCCUGUACUCGCUCAUGGAGACAUCGUUCUCUCGUGUCAGCUCUCCUGAAUUCUACGACCGUAUAAUCGCAGGUCUCGAUGAUGACAACGACAUCAGAGCAUUAUGUAAUCUCAUGCUUGGCAAACUGAUUGUUAUCGAUCCUGAUGAGACAACUCGCCGGCUUGAUACCAUCGCCCAGUGCUACCGUAAGACUUUAUCGACGAAGCUCAAGGACAAUGCCGUCAAACAAGAACAUGAGAAGCAAGAAGAGGCCAACAAGAGUGUGCUGCGAGUCUCCCUGCUUCUCGCAGAGAAGACGAAGACUACACUACCAGGCCCAAAUAAUGGACCUGCGAAUGCAUCGGCUCAGAUACAGUCCCAGAACCCUAUUUGGCAGCAAUAUUGGGAAUGGGUCAACAAGGAUUUUGACCGCAAUUUGAAGAGUCUGCGCGAAGAGGUCAAGGAAUCGUGAUCCAACCCAGAAGAGCCUGCCAUCUUCAGUGAUUUCGUUCGCUGAAUGGAUCAGCACAAGUAUUGAACGCCAAAAGCUUCAUUAAUAGCGCGGUUAAUAAAAUGAAUCCUCCGACGGGCACCUUUACCUGAUCAUAAGAUGCGUCGGAAUGUAUAUAUAGCCUGGAAAGAUUGGUUCACCGGCAUAGUGGCUCAUAUAUGAGACACGUCCGGCAGUCGCCUCACGACACCAGCGAAGGCAGCAAGAAGGUGUAUCGGAAACCAUAUAGGCUCUGACUAUACUCUAUUUUGAUGAUAUUAAGGCCGAAUGUCGCAUUUGAGGCUGGAAGAGAGAUUAGUGCAAAGUUCACGUUAGUAAACAAGCCAGUUCUCGAUUCCAGGCCCACCAACAAUGUAGAAAUUUCGUGAAGGUUUUCAUGGACCCGUGCAAAGUACAAUAGGCUAACUAACCAGGUUAAAAUGCCACGCUUGUGCGCUGAUUCUGUGAUGGACUGUGUAGUAUUUCUGACUGGACUUUAUAGGAUUGAGCUCUGUGAUCGAUCCGUGUUUGUAGACGUCACCUGCGAUUAAGGGAUUGGCGCCUGAAUGCUAGAUUGAUUGCUCAAUCUGUUCGUGGAAAUUGACUGCAUGGAUCAACUUGAUGUAU